AUGGUGGCUAUCUCCGGGCUGGUCCAGGUGAUGGGGACGAGAUCCAGACUGUUCCGGACAAUCCCUUCCAGCCUCCAAGAUCCCCAAGCCUCAUUUCCUGAGAAAACAGCUCCGCAGCCCUCAACAACAGCACAAGCAAGGUCUUCAAGAUUGCACACCAGCACAAUUUGCAUCAACAUCAACAUCCAUUAUCUAUGGCCUGGGUUAUUCUACGUGCCCUCAAUUCCACUUGUUGAUACCUUGCAGAUCUGCAAGUCCAAGCCUCACCACUCCUUUCCCACCCUGACAGCCAUGUCCUCCUACUCCGUUGGCUCACCCACCAAAUACUCCACCCUGAAACUUCUCCCUUCCAAAGCCCUACUCUGCUCGCUUCUUGAUAAAGCCACUCCAAUCGCCUCCCAACCAUGCUCCUUAUUCCAUGAUGUAAUCGCCCGGAAAACCAUUAACCCGCACUCAUACUCUGCCAUCACCGGACAUUGCAACUUGGACUCGUCCGUCAUCCACUCCUCCGAUGAAGUCUCUGAGCCCGGGGAUCCCGAGCUCUUCGCGGAAUUAUUGGCCGCACAAGGUGUUAUUGAGGGCCCAGUCGGCUCGCCGCUGGUGAUCAAGUACUUCAUCAAACAACAAAUCCUCGCAGACUGUUGGGAGCGCCACAAACUACUUGGUCCGGUCCUGGUCAAGAUUCACGUCCUGGACCCUCCUGGACCAUCUCAGGAGACUUUGCGCAAAGGAGGACGUGAGCGGAGGCACUCUGUUCCUCACCAACAAACCGGACACCCAAACAUCUGUGGGAUCUUGGAAUAUUUCGAGGGCUCGGACUGCUAUUGUCUGGUCAUGCUCCGAUUUGGAGACAACAAAGAUCUAUUCAAACACAUCGAGCUGGCCCCCAAUGGCCUGCUGACCGCCAAGGGGCGCAGGAUCUUUGGCCAUAUUUUCAACGGUGUUGCCUUCUUGCACGAACGGAACAUCGUCCAUCGGGAUCUAAGACAAGAAUGUCAUCCUCAACCGGGAUGGUAUUGCCCAACUGGUUGA